UUAUUCAAGUUCUAGCGUGCGUUAAAGAGAGAGAGGGAAAAUCGUGGUUUUGUGUUGUGAGAGAAAAAUGUGGGCAAGCGCAGAAGGUGGUGCUCCGGAGGUUACUCUAGAAACUUCCAUGGGUUCAUUCACCGUCGAGUUGUACUACAAGCAUGCACCUAGAACUUCUAGGAACUUCAUUGAACUAUCUCGUAGAGGUUAUUACGACAACGUUAAGUUCCACAGAAUCAUUAAGGAUUUCAUAGUACAAGGUGGAGAUCCCACUGGGACAGGAAGAGGAGGAGAAUCAAUUUAUGGUGCUAAAUUUGAAGAUGAGAUUAAACAAGAGUUGAAGCACACUGGAGCUGGUAUUUUAUCAAUGGCUAAUGCUGGCCCUAAUACUAAUGGUAGUCAGUUCUUUAUUACUCUCGCACCGUGCCCCUCUCUUGAUGGAAAACACACAAUAUUCGGAAGAGUAAGUCGGGGAAUGGAAAUCAUCAAAAGACUUGGCAGUGUCCAAACAGAUAACAAUGACAGGCCCAUUCAUGAUGUGAAGAUACUACGGACAUCAGUCAAGGAUUGAGAUGAGUUGUGUGAUAUGAUGUGAAGAAAUUGAAGUUUUAUUAUCAAUCGCUGACAUAGUUAUGACUGGAAAAAUGUCAUGGCCUAUUUGGCUUCAUGAUUAAGCAUAAAAAUUGUAAUUUUUGGCACUAGAUUGGCCACACAAUAAAAACUAAAAACCAUGUUUAUGACCUAUCGUUUUGGAACUGUACUUUCAAGUUCCAAAUAAAUUUAUGUCUUUUAGGUGCUGUAUUGUGCACAACAA